AUGUGCGGUAAUAACAUGUCGGCGCCUCUACCUGCCAUCGUGCCUGCUGCCCGCAAAGCCACCGCGGCGGUAAUUUUCCUGCAUGGCCUCGGUGACACGGGACAUGGCUGGGCAGAAGCCUUUGGUGGCAUCAGGAUACCACACAUCAAGUACAUCUGUCCACAUGCUCCUUCCAUGCCUGUCACUUUAAAUAUGCGAAUGUCCAUGCCUUCCUGGUUUGACAUUUACGGCUUAAGCCCGGAAGCGGAAGAAGACGAGGCCGGCAUCAAGAGAGCGUCAGACAACAUUAAAGCCAUGAUAGACCAGGAAGUCAAGAAUGGUAUUCCAUCCCAUAGAAUCAUCCUGGGUGGAUUCUCACAGGGUGGCGCUCUGUCGCUGUACACGGCUCUGACCACCCAGCAGAAGCUGGCCGGGGUGGUCGCCCUUAGUUGCUGGCUUCCUCUGCGCAAUGCCUUUCCUCAGGCGUCGGCUAUCGGAGUCAACAAGGAUGUACCGGUACUGCAAUGUCACGGUGACGCCGACCCUUUGGUCCCAUUGUCCUUCGGCAGUCGCACCGCUGAAAAACUGAAGACCCUUUUGGCCCCCGAUAAUGUCACCUUCAAGUCCUACUCGGGCCUGCCGCACAGCGCCUGCCCGGAGGAAAUGGUGGACAUCAAACGUUUCAUCGAGAAGCAUCUACCCGCCGUUAGCGAUGAAUGA